AUGGCACAGCUAUCUGAUGGCUUUCCUUCCCCAAACAACUCCUUAGAGAUUGUUACCAGGACUGUUGACGAAUUCAUAGACAAGUUGCAAGUAACUUGGGCUGUCAACGCUGCAAAGGGACUUGUUGAACUCAAGGCUGGUUCUCUGCUCUGCCGAGAAAUAGAACUCGCACUUCUCCGUGUCAUCGCUCAAACCGUCUCCCCCGAAAGUGUUUACGUCCGAAUCGGCAAUGAAUUGAACCUUUUCGAUCGACCUGCCUAUCGCGCAGCCAAUCCCCUUUUCCACACUAUCUUGCUCUGCUGCUACCAAAUGAUGCAAGGAUGGGCCGACGAAGGAUGGUUUGAAAAUCUUCCAACGAUUGAACAGAGUUUGCGGGACGUAGUUCACAUGGAUGCGCGAAGACUUUCUGGUACCUUUGGACUGUCAACACCGAUGGAUCUCGAGCUGUAUCGAAGUCUGGAACACACAAUGUAUACUGAUCAUUGUUUGAGAAUGCGUAUUGAUACCCAAGUCGAGAUAUUAGAGGGGAUUAUUGCGAGGUUGAAGGUUGGGGAGAGUAAUUAUGACUAA